CUUUCACAGUUCCACUUGUAGCCAUGACUUCGUUUAAGCUCCUACCGUUCCUUUUUCUUCAAAUGUUUUUCACAGCAGCGUCAAUGAUCAAAGCAGCCCCAGCAAACCCAAAGCUCUUUAGAGAAUACAUAGGAGCUGAGAACAAAGGUGUCACUUUCACAGAAGUACCCGUUGAUUCCAAUGUUGAGUUUCACUUCAUCCUCUCCUUUGCUAUUGAUUAUACAACACAAUCUCAUAAUCCUUCUCCCACCAACGGAGACUUUAAUGUCUUCUGGGACACAGAGAACCUCACCGCUGCCCAUGUUUCCGCCAUUAAGGCCCUUCAUCCAAAUGCUAAAGUAGCUCUGAGUCUUGGAGGUGAUACCGUUGGCAACAAAAAUGUGUCCUUCAAUCCUAAAUCAAUCAAUUCUUGGGUUAGAAAUGCUGUCUACUCACUAACUCAGAUAAUCAGAAAAUAUCAUUUGGAUGGAAUUGAUAUUGACUACGAACACUUCCAGACAGAUCCCAAUACAUUUGCCGAAUGCAUUGGGCGACUGUUGUUCUCCCUUAAACAAAACAAUAUUGUGUCCUUCACAUCAAUAGCACCAUAUGAUGAUGACUCGGUGCAGCCAAAUUACUUGGCAUUGUGGGGGAAGUACGGGCAUCUCAUUGACUAUGUUAACUUUCAGUUCUAUGCCUACGACAAGGGCACGACUAUAACUCAGUUUUUGAAAUAUUUUGAGAUGCAGAGCUCAAAUUACAAGGGUGGCAAGAUUCUAGUGAGCUUUGGAACAGAUAACAGCGGGGGUUUGUCUCCUGAACACGGGUUCUUUGCGGCUUGUACUAGGCUUAAACGCGAGGGCAAACUUCAUGGCAUUUUCGUUUGGUCUGCAGAUGACUCCAGGAAGGAUCAUUUUCGUUACGAGAAGCAAUCACAAGCCUUUCUAUCUAGUGUAAUUUGAUCUUUAUUUUUUUUCUUUCCCUUGUUGUAUUUGUUGUUAUUUUAUUCCUAACUGGAAAGAAGAAAAUAAAGAGUCCCUCUUUAUUAUGGUUGUUGCCCAGUCAAUCCCUCUCUAUACUAUGAAUGUUUCCUCCUACCAAAGUUUUUUUGCGACGAUUUGAACCGGCUUGUGGCCAAAUGUUUCCUCCUACCAAAGUUUUUCUUUCCCUUAAUCCCUCUUUAUUAAGGGGAGAUGAAGUGAGAAUUUGGGAAGAUAGAUGGCUCCCAAUUCCCUCUCGGUCCCAUAUUUUUUCCC